AUGUGCCGCAGGAAAUUUGGCAAGCAGAUCCAGAAGCGCCAGCUUGAGGUUCCCGAAUAUGCUGCCAGUUUUGUCAACUACAAGGCCUUGAAGAAGCUCAUCAAGAAGCUUUCAGCUACUCCGACCCUUGCUGCACAAAAUGACGGCCACCGCCUAGCCACACUUGCCGACUCGCAGGCUGCUCUGCAAGCAAACAAGGCAACUUUCUUCUUUCAAUUGGAGCGAGAGCUGGACAAGGUGAAUGCCUUCUAUCUACAAAAAGAAGCCGAGCUCAAAAUCCGCCUCAAGACGUUGCUCGAUAAGAAAAAGGUCCUGCAGUCGCGCCAGGGAAUUUCAAGACGAUCAUCCAAGUUCACCACACUCGAAGAAGGAUUCCAACAAUUCGCCACGGAUUUGAAUAAGCUUCAACAGUUUGUUGAGAUCAAUGGUACCGCCUUUUCAAAAAUCCUCAAGAAAUGGGACAAGACGUCCAAGUCCAAGACAAAAGAGCUAUAUCUCUCCCGUGCUGUCGAGGUCCAACCAUUUUUCAAUGCGACGGUCAUCAGCGAAUUGUCAGACCAGGCCACCACCAGCCUUCAGGAGCUUGGUGCCUGGUCUGAUGGAAUUCAGGUCAACUUCGAUUCGUCUACUGCGCAUGUUGUGACAAGCCAGCAUUUCGUGGGGACCGAUGAAGGCGAUGCCGAUACGCUGCUGUUGGAUACCGUCAUUACCGGAAACCUCGAAUCGAUAAAGGAUCUUCUUGCAAAGAUGCAAUCGGCCUCCCAGGCCAGCGAGAGCGAUGUUUCCUUGAUGGAACGGCUUACAAGAACCUUUUUGACGGCGAUAAAUGAAGCUCCCAAGAGUGCUUUGCAGGUUCUUUUGGAUACUGGACUGGUGGACUUACAUUCCUACGAUGACAUCAACGAGCGGAAUUGCCUACACCAGGCUGCCAUCUACGGUAGACAACACGUCUUGGAAUGGGGCCUCGAGGCUAAAGUGGCCGUGGAUCGAACCGACGUUUACGGACGCGUGCCGCUGCACUAUGCUAGUUUGCAUGGUCGCCUGGAUAUGUUGGAGACUUUGUUAAAUGCCAACCCCAGCACUAUUGACCUUAUCGAUCAUGACAACUUCACGCCACUGAUACAUGCCAUUAUUCAUGGCCAUGUUGAGUGUGUCGAGCGCCUUCUCGCCAGAUCGGCUCGUAUCGACCCUGUAUCUGACGCAGACCACGUGCCUCUGAACCUUGCCUGCGAACAUGGGUCAGUCGCUAUUGUCGAAAUAUUGUUGAAACAUGGUGCAAAUAUCCUCCCUGAUGCCGAGGGACUGUAUCCUCAGCACCUGGUGGCCCGAUGUGGUCGGACUUCGGAUUUGCUCCUGCUCUUGAAGCAAUAUGGGGCUGACCUCGAUCAAGUCGACAAGCUAUAUGGAUGGACACCGUUGUUACAUGCUGCUAGUGAAGGAAAAGUCGAAUGUCUUCAAGCAUUGCUCAAGAUUGGUGUCGAUGCGACAAUUCGAGAUGAAAAGGACCUACCCGCCAUGUACUAUGCCGCUUGGGAGGGCCACUUGGAGUGCAUGCAGCUUCUUACCCCGUUCAACAAGCGUCCGAAAGCAAGCCCGUUGGGAGGCCAGCCUACGAUUGAUAUCAUAGGCAGCAGCAAUGCUCCCCUACCAAUGUCACUGGAUCCGGAUGCCAUCCCGAUCCUGGAGUUGCCCCCACCAAUCAUUCCUCUUCGACGAUAUGGCCACAACUUCCUCGAUACCAAGACGGUGGUGCAACUCAGCUUCCAGGACUCGGGCGAGCAACCGCUGGUUUUCUUCCAGGAUGGCAAGUACCCGGCUGCUCGGUUGACGAUCUCCUCCAAGGUUUCCGAUCUCAUCCCCAAGAAUAUCAUUUUGCCGUUUCAAGAAGAUACCCGUAUUGUUUCUUUCCAAGUUGAUAAUCUCAAGACAUUUUCACUCGACUUUGAUGUUUUCCCGGCCUCGAAAUCUUGCCUGCCGCUCUUCGACCCCCGGUUACGAGCCAUUGGCCAAAUCACCUUCAACACGCAGGUGAUUAAGCCGUUCAGGGGACAGCCUCUCGAGAUUACGGACUUUGAGACGUACUGGAAGGCAACAAGCCAGUUUAACCAGCCUACUAACGCCAUUGUGACCGGAUCAAGUCUAUCUGGCGACUAUGUCCGAGUCUUCGUCCAGUACACGAGCGAUGGGGUGCCCGUUAUUUGGCCACAGUGGACGAUUUCAUGCGGCGGGCUUGAUAUUCCCGUUUGCAGACUUUCAUUUGCGCAGUUCGACGCCAUCACCUCCCAAACUGCCAGCCGUGCUCAGCUCGCGGGCCUAGCAACCAAGACGGCGGAUGACAUUGCCGAAAUUUACCACAUCUUGGCAACAGCAGGAAUAACGCUAAAGGACGCACUGGCUAUCCUCCCUCCAGGCAUCCACGUCAAUCUGCAGAUUGUAUAUCCAACUGUAGAGGAGGAAGAGACACUGGCCUUGGGCCCGGCUCUUGACGUCAACGUCUACGUUGACUCGAUCCUCACGAUUGUUUUCGACCAUGCCCGUGCUCAGAGGGCACAGUCCCACUCGUCACACGUCGUGCGUUCCAUGGUGUUUAGCAGUUACAACGCACGACUAUGUACUGCUCUGAACUGGAAGCAGCCCAACUUUCCAGUAUUUUUGUGCAAUGACCUGGGCCGGGACGAGAAUACAAUGGUCAACGGAAGGCGGACGACGUCGAUUAAGGAAGCGGUGCGGAUUGCACAGACGAAUAACUUUAUGGGUCUGAUAUGUUAUUCAAGGCUGCUGGAUAUGGUGCCGGCGCUGGUUGAUGCUGUCAAAUCGCAUGGACUUGCCCUCGUGAUGGACAAGUCUUCUGAUACCCCUGAAGCGAGCCCUCUUGUGGAUCCUUUCCCUCGGCCACCCAAGGGUGUCGACGGAAUUUUGAGAAGUCAUGGUAUUUUACGCUUUAAUGAUUCUAUAGACAUGUAG